GCAAACAGAAUGAAUUAAAAAUGUGUUUUAAUGCAGACGUUACUGUAAUAAAUGUGCUAAACGGACACAGCUACAGGAAAGACAGACAAUCUGCUGGGAAUCUCCACUCUCUGUCUGGGUUACAUAAGAGCCCGACUCUGAAUGCAGCCUGAACUUCCUGUAGAACUUAAACACACACACGCGCGCGCACACAUAAAGCCGCCCCCCGACAACAGGCACCACUUGCUCUCACAACAAGUCAGCUUGCAGCACAGAGAGGAGGCAAUGAGCAGCGGGGUGUGGUUUCCUACACUGGGGCUGGUGGCCUGGCUAUGCUGCCUCAGUCUGGGGUCCGUUCAGGGGGGGAAGGUGCUGGUUAUGCCUGUGGAUGGAAGCCACUGGCUUAGCAUGAAGCUGCUGGUGAAGGAACUGACCCGCAGGAACCAUGAGGUCGUGGUGCUGGUGCCUGAAAGCAGCCUGCUGAUCCAGGGCUCAGAGGGCUACAAGACUGAGAUCUACAAAGUGCCAUACACCAAAGCUCAGCUGGAUGAAAACUUCAAUGAACUCAGGGAUGGAGUGUUUCUCAAGCCGCCAGAAUUUGCAGACGUGUUCGUCAACGUGCAGCGAUUGGUCAACUUCACGUCCCUGCAGGUGACAGGUUGUGAGAGUUUGCUGACCGAUGAGCCUUUGAUGAGUCAACUGAGGGCACAGAAGUUUGAUGUUGUCCUCACGGACCCUUUCCUUCCCUGUGGCUCCAUGCUGUCUCACAUGUUUUCCAUUCCGGUUGUUUAUUUCCUACGUGGGCUUCCCUGUGAGCUGGACAUUAAGGCGAACCAGUGCCCCUCUCCUCCUUCCUAUGUCCCCAAGUUCUUCAGUGGUUUUACCGACUCCAUGACCUUCCCACAGAGAGUCGGCAACUUGGCCAUGACUGUUAUGGAGAACUACGUUUGCAAAAUGAUCUACGGCCACUUUGACGUUCUGGUCGACAAGUACUUUGGAGGCGGCUUGACCUACAAAGGUCUUCUGAGUCAUGGUGCUAUCUGGCUCCUCAGAUAUGACUUUAUUUUGGAGUGGCCCAGACCCCUCAUGCCAAACAUGGCUUUGAUUGGAGGGAUCAACUGUGCAAAGAAAGCUCCUCUGCCCGCGGACUUGGAGAAGUUUGUCAACGGCUCAGGAGACGCCGGCUUUAUUGUCUUCACGCUGGGAUCAAUGGUGGCCACGAUGCCCGAGGAGAAGGCCAAACAGUUCUUUGAUGCUUUCCGGCAAAUUCCUCAGAGGGUUGUGUGGAGAUACACUGGAGCGCUGCCUAAAGAUGUACCCGACAACGUCAAAGUUAUGAAGUGGCUACCUCAGAACGAUCUCCUAGCCCAUCCCAAAGCUAAAGUCUUCAUCACUCACGGAGGAACCCACGGUAUCUAUGAAGGCAUCUGUAACGCUGUGCCCAUGCUGAUGUUCCCGCUCUUCGGGGACCAGCGGGACAACGUACAUCGCAUGGUGGUGCGCGGCGUUGCAGAGCAGCUCACUAUAUAUGAUGUGACGAGUGAAAAGCUGGUGACCACACUGAAGAAGAUGACCCAAGACCAAAGUUACAAGAAGAGGAUGGUGGAGCUGUCGGAGAGACACCUCGACCGGCCUGUUGAGCCUUUGGAACUGUCUGUUUUCUGGACCGAAUUCGUCAUGAGACACAAAGGAGCGGCACACCUGAGAGUCGGCGCGCAUGACUUGAACUGGUUUCAGUACCACAGCCUGGAUGUCAUCUGCUUUUUAGUCCUCAUUGUAGUAACUGUUCAGUGGCUGUCGCUGAAAUGCUGCUUGUUUUGCACGCGCAAGUGCUGCAGAAUCGGAACGACGAAAAGAAAAUCCGAGUAGCGUUUCUAUGCUUUUGUUUUUGGUGUUUUUUUUAAAUCCUGUAAUGAAGCUAACUGUCGAUACACGAAUGUAAAAUGUCAGUCAGAUGUGCUGGAUGUGUGUUUAAUGUGUGUGUGUGUGUGCGUAUGUAGAGGCUCCACCUAAAUACCAUUAUUACUGCACUGACUCUGACACACGUAUGAAAUGGUGCUGGCAGUGAUUGAUCGGAGCCUUCCAGCCCUCUUUUACAAAACGAAAAGCAAAUAAACGUUGCUUUUUUUAAA